AGAUGCAACUAUAUAUUUCAGUUGGCAAUACGGAAGUUGACAGAUGGUUGACAUUUGGAGGUUAAUCUUCGAUUUUUCGUAAACUGAGUCAAACACGUGUUGUUGGGUGCUUUAUAGUGAUAGUACUCCUGUAUUUUGUAAAUAAUUGUUACUAAUAAUUCGUUAAUAAUGAAAACUGCCACCACAGUACAGUCGACAGAAGUACGAAGUAAGACAAAAAUAACAUCGUCCGAAGAUUCCAAGCAAAAAACCCUUCGGGGUAAACCCAAGUCGGGCCGUUUUUGGAAAAACGAAAAGAAAAAAUUCUCGUCAAUCAUAAAAACCAAAGGCAUUAGAAACUCGUUUGAGAAAAAGCAGGCCCUAAGAAAAGAACUGCAAAGGGUGAAAGAAGCGAGUAGAGCCGUCAUAGCGGCAAAGGAGGAAGAAAAAGAACAAAAAAAGCAAAGACGGAGAGACAACCUGAAACGACAAGAAGAAAACAGGAAGAAAUCUGAAAUUGUACAAGUCAUUACAAACACAACUAAAAUUAAGAAAAUGAAGAAGAAACAACUCAGGCAUAUUGAAAAAAGAGAUACUGUUAAUAUCCGCCAGGCUUAAACCUAGAACUUUCCUGGUGUCUUUGGGGUCAAUCACGCCGUCGUCCCACAUUCUGAGA